AUGCCUACAGUACAUCUGCUCGAUUACGUCGCCGGAAAUGUCCGCUCCCUGGUCAAUGCGAUCAACAAAGUCGGCUACGAGGUGGAAUGGAUUAAGUCUCCAAGUGAUGUGAAGAAUGCGGAGAAACUCAUCCUACCAGGUGUCGGUCAUUUCGGCCAUUGCUUAUCUCAACUAUCAGAGGGAGGCUUCUUGGAUCCUAUCAGGCAACACAUAGCUUCUGGAAAGCCAUUCAUGGGGAUUUGCGUUGGUCUGCAAUCACUCUUUGAAGGGUCUGAGGAGGACUCCGAUGUUCCGGGGCUGGGAUUGAUUCCGAUGCGGAUGCAGAAAUUCAAUCCCGACACUAAGAGUGUACCACACAUAGGCUGGAACUCUGCUAUAGACACCAAGCUUGAGUCUGCGGAGAAUCGGAGCUUCUACGGAUUAAGCCCAAACAGCAAAUACUACUAUGUCCACUCUUACGCAGCUCUUUACACCCCAGGGCUCCUUGAGAAGGACGGCUGGUCAGUCGCCACAGCUACUUACGGCGAAGAAGAGUUUAUCGGUGCUAUUGCGCGGGAGAAUAUUUUCGCGACUCAAUUUCACCCGGAGAAAAGUGGCCAGGCUGGAUUACGGACUAUUAGCGCCUUCCUGAAUGGUGAUCGCUUCCAAACGCUUACCCCGCAAGCGUCGCUCUCCUUGGACAAGAAAGAUGGGCUGACACGUAGAAUCAUUGCCUGUCUUGAUGUGCGCACCAAUGAUUCUGGUGACCUCGUCGUCACGAAAGGAGAUCAGUAUGAUGUCCGUGAAAAGGAUGGGGUGGAUACAGGAGGCCAAGUCAGAAACUUGGGGAAGCCCGUGGACAUGGCCAAGAAGUACUACGAGCAAGGAGCUGAUGAGGUCACGUUCUUAAACAUCACUUCCUUCAGGAAUUGUCCUGUUGCAGAUGCUCCCAUGCUGGAAAUUCUCAGGAGGACUUCAGAAACUGUUUUCGUGCCGCUGACUAUCGGGGGCGGUAUCAAGGACACUAUUGAUACAGAUGGCACUCACGUCUCAGCUCUUGAUGUUGCGACGAUGUAUUUCAAAUCCGGUGCUGAUAAAGUCAGCAUUGGUUCGGAUGCCGUUAUCGCAGCAGAGGAAUAUUAUGAAGGAGGCGAAAAGCUGACAGGCAAGACGGCUAUAGAAUCUAUAUCCAAAGCAUAUGGUAACCAGGCUGUGGUCGUGAGUGUGGAUCCUAAACGUGUCUAUGUGGACAGCCCAGAAGAUACCAACCAUCAUACAAUCCGGACAAAGUACCCAAAUGCCGCCGGUCAGGCAUUUUGUUGGUACCAGUGUACCAUUAAAGGUGGUAGAGAGUCGCGAGACCUCGACGUCCGACAACUAGCGAAGGCGGUCGAAGCAAUGGGUGCCGGUGAACUUCUGCUUAAUUGCAUCGACAAGGACGGAAGCAACAGCGGAUUUGAUCUGGAAUUGAUCAAUGACGUGAAAGCCGCUAUUAAGAUACCAGUAAUCGCCUCCAGUGGUGCUGGAAAACCCGAACAUUUUGCAGAAGUCUUCCAAAACACUACGACUGAUGCUGCCCUAGGCGCUGGCAUGUUCCACCGAGGUGAAUAUACUGUCAGCGAUGUCAAACGUCACUUGGACAAUGGAGGAUUCCUUGUCCGCAGGCCUGAAGUGGGCAAUUAG